CAGGGGGUUGGAAUUGGAGGAGCUUUAAGCUCCCUUCAACUCAAACCAUGCUGUGAUUCUAUGCUCCACAGAGGUUCAGUGCCCCGUCCCACAUAUCACCCAUGGACAGCUGGAAUCUGCACAGAACUUCACCUCGGGCAGCACAGCCACACUCAAGUGCGAUGCCGGCUACAUGCCCCUGGGUGCCACCAGCACCGUGCGGUGCCUGAGUAAUGGCAGAUGGCACCCACGGGUGCCCGACUGCAUCCCAGGUCACUGUUCCUACCCUCCUGUCAUUGACCACAUGGACCGAAACCCUCAGCGCGAGUUUCCAGUCGGGACAACCGUUACCUACUUCUGCAGACCUGGAUAUACUUUGCUCCCUGGAGUGUCUCCAGUAACUACUUGUCUUAAAAAUUUCACAUGGACCAGAAUCCCAAAGCUUUGCCAGAAGGUGCAGUGUCCCAGCCCGGAUAUCCAACAUGGGAGGGAAAUCGGUCCCAGGAAAGAUGAAUACAGCUUUGGGCACCAUGUGGAAUUUCAGUGCGAGCCUGGCUAUGUGCUGAGGGGCAACCAGAGGAUCCAGUGCUGGUCUGAUGGGACAUGGAGACCCCCCGUGCCAUACUGCGACAAGGUCUGUGGUCCCCCCCCAAAAAUCGCCAAUGGGCAGCCCACCAACUUGAGAACGGAGCUGUUCCCCUAUGGCUCGGAAGUGAAGUACAAUUGUGUGGAGGGUCUGUCCCUCAUUGGGGACGACUCCGUCUACUGCACCUCUGAUGAUGGCGUGAACUUGACAUGGAGCGGACCUGCCCCGGAGUGCAGGGUGGUCCGGUGCCCCAGGCCCGUGGUCGAGAGGGGCAGGAUGACUCCACAGAGCUUCACGUUUCCCUAUGGAGCAGCCGUGCACUUCUCCUGUGACGAAGGCUUCAUGCUGCAUGGCGAUGCCGAGAGCCGGUGCCUGGCUGAUGGCACCUGGCACCCUCCCCUGCCCUCCUGCCAGCCCGUUCUGUGUCCACAACCACACGUGGCCAAUGGGAGGCUGAAUAGCACUUUGGAUGGUCAAAUGUGGUACCAAGCAAAUGAGACUGUUACAUUUGAAUGCUUCCACGGAUACCACCUUUCAGACCUGUCUUCGACAGCCACAUGCUUGCCUGAUGGCAACUGGACACCGUUGCCCAAGUGUAAGAAAGAUGGUGAUGCUGAUGUAUGCGAAGAGGUUCAUUACAUUAAAACAGUCUUUGAAUGCGAUGUACCUAUAGCAGAAGUGAAAACUCUGCUGGAAAUACAAAAGCUGUUUCUGGAGAUUAAAAAACUAAACAUGGAACUAGAAAACCUGAACAAGUGAGUCCAAAAAUGCACUGUAAGGAUCCCCUUUCCUCUGGUGAACAUGCAGUUUGUGUAGUCACAGUAUCUAUAAGAAGAUUCUCAGUGACUUUACGGUUUGUACUUGCAUGCCUAUAGCCAGAGAAAUAAUAAUCAGUGUAUUGGAGGUUGCUUUUGCUGCGCUAAACGCUAGAGCCCAGAGGGGUUUUUGCUCUUUUCCUUAAAUCUGACAAGUUUGUUUUGCUAUUUAACAAGCGUCUUGUGUCACAUUUUUGUAUUAGGAAGCAUGGUAAGAAAGUAAAUUGAGCUCUGAGUCACUGCUAAGCCAAGAGAAGGGGGACUGAAGUUCACAGAAGUACACUUCCAGCUAAGAUGAGUGGCCAGUGGUUCUCUCUGAAGGUGCUUGUGCACAUAUGCCUCACCGUCUGUCUGUGCUGAACUCCGCCUCUCAUAGCACCCGCAUAAUCCUGCUAUCUAGGAAUAGUAGUGAAGUGAGUGUUUAACUACAUGAUUUCCUGUUAAUCUAGCUCGUGAUUUCUAUUCAUCUAGUUAAGGGUGGUUACAUAGAAGAAGUGCAUUUGUAAAGACUUCUAUUUGCUUAUCCCUGGAUUUAAGAGGCAACAGGUUUCUGAUCCAGCACUGGACUCGGAUAUCCAUGUUGGCAUCAUCCCCAUUUCUGGCAAGCAAAUGCUAAGAAUAGAUAUUGUAACUUUAUGUGUAGGAAUAAGACAGCAAAGCUUGUUCUUAUUACUCAAUAAACGAUGAUUUAUAGUUUA